ACCACUGAGACGCUGUGAUUCUGUGAAUCGAGUCAUUUAUUGUAGCGAGAGGUAAUGAGCAGCAAGCAACAAAGUCACGGAAGCACAUAAACACUUGACUGGGAUACUGAUGGCACCGGGCCCCUCACCCUGCGCUGGCUGCAAGAGCCUCCGCCCUGCUGCCUGGGUGCCCUCAGCCCCGGUGAGGUGUGAUGGUUCCGCAGGUGUGGCACAGAGCGACCACUGUGACCUGCGGGGUGCGGAACAGAGCCAAGGCUGCGGGGCUCAGGCCGAGCUCAGUGCGACUUGGUGAGGUGAGCAGGGAGGAAGGGGCUGCCUGAGGCUGCCCAGGGAGGAGGGUUCCCCAGCGCUCGGGGCCUGAGCUGAGAACUCAGCCUCGUCCCGCUUCUCCCCUAGGUUGUCACGCAGAGGAGAAAGCCUGGUUUUGCUGGGACAGACACUCUGCGAGUGCUCGCCGUUUGUGCACACGAUGUCCAAGGGGACAAAGAAGCCUGCCAGCUCAUGGCAGAUGGGUGAAAGUAAAUAUUGCUGCGCACAGCUCCCCUCCACUGGGCAGAGGGAUGCCGUGGUUGGGCUGUGGCCGCCUGCUGGCACUGCUGGGCCUGCAGUCCCUUCCCCUCCAUGGCCUCUGGCCAGCCCCUCCGCUGGCACAGCUGGCACAUAGCAGCCCCUGGGACAGCCCCCGGGGGCACCUGGCCCCACAAGGCGCUCACUGCUGUUCCUCUCUCCUCUCCAGCUUGCGUGCUCUGUGGUCAGGGAGAUGCUGACAAAGACAUCUAUGGGCACAAACUGAUCAUCAGUGGGAUCUAUUUCCACCAGUUUUGUGCACUGUUUGUGGGUGGCCUUCUUCAAGGAGCAGCAAUACAGAAGAGAAAUGAUGAUUUAAGCAGGGUUGAGAUUAUACACACAAUCGUGCAGGCAGAGCAGACGCUCUGCUUCGUUUGUGGCAAUCUGGGGGCCGCCAUCACCUGCGCAGAGCCGGGCUGCGACCGCAGCUUCCAUCUCCCCUGCGCUUCCAAGGGUGAAUGCGUCACCCAGUACUUUGGAGAGUACAGGUCCUUCUGCACAGAGCAUCACCUGAAGCAGGCAGUGAAGGCGGCGCCGGCACAGGACACGACCUGCAUCAUCUGCAUGGAGCCCGUGGGGGACAGCGUGUCCUACAGCACCAUGGUGUGCCCAGCCUGCCGACACGCCUGGUUCCACCGGGCUUGCAUCCAGAGACUGGCCCUGUGUGCGGGCAUUACUUUGCAUUGUCCACACUGCAAAGACGAGGACGAAUUUUUUGAUUAUAUGAACGCCAUGGGGAUCCGUAUCCCAUCCAGAGGACCAAUAUGGGACAACAAUUCAUACGUACAAGAGGGAGACAAGCACAAGCGCUGCGAUGCCAGGGAGUGCCGUUACCCCCACGGCAGGGACCGAGCAGGAGAGGGGCCCUGGCAGCUGCUCCUCUGCAGCUCCUGUGCUGCGCGAGGCACCCAUCGGCGCUGUUCCUACUUGAGCCUGAGCACAAAGGCCUGGGAGUGCAACGCCUGUGCUGGAGAGGGCACCUGUAAGAGACAAACAGCCGCGUGCUGCUGGGCUGGGGCAAGGCGAGAUCUUGCUCAAGUCCCUUUGGUCCAGAAGGGGUGGGAGUCUGUCCCACCCCAGGGCUGGAGUUCCAUCCCACUCAUCUUCCUGCCUUCCCUUACAGCCUCCAGCAGCAAUGUGGACAGCGCUGGCCCCAGCACUGCCACCCAACAGGGACACGGGCCUCUCCAAGGCCCUGUGACAUCGCAGACGAGCAGCGGCUCCAGCAUCACCAGCCAGGCACCAUCAGGGUCAGCUCACAGUUCCAAGGUGCCUGAGAGCAGAGGCCUGUCCAGCCAGCGCAGGAUAAAAUGGAAGAGAAUGUGCUCACGUUUACAUCGCAUUGACGAUGCAUGCAAUGAGCUCCAAGGAUGCUAUGCGAGCAGCCGUGCUGCAGCCCCAAGUACCGAGAGCAGCACCCCGACCUCUGCCAGCCAAAGGACAUCUCGGUCCUUGAGGCACUCCAGAGCAGUCGGCUGCAGUCGCCGCAGGAGCCGGUCCAGGCGGUGAAGGCCAGCCCGGGGGCGAAGCCGCUCCCGGGUUCCACGUCGGGCCCAGAACAUCAACCACCAGCCCCACUGAUGUUGCAGGAGCAGCCGUGUGCCAGCUCCAAUUGCUGUGUAAAGUCACCACAGUCCAUCAGUAAAAGUGACAGUUCCAUCAUGCCACUGUCGGUUUGGUUCUUCUCUGCCUUGUGGUGCAGCUUCAAGGGGAGUCACCGUCCCUGGAGGAGUGCAAGAGCUGUGGGGAGGUGGCCCUGAGGGAUGUGGGCAGUGGGCUGGCGGGGAGGGGGUGGCCCUGUUUUGCAGUCUUAAUUGCACAACACAAGUAUCAGAGCCGUUUUGGAUAGACACAUACCCACCUCCACUACUACUCGCAUUGAAGUCAGUGUGAAGUUGGCUUUAGUUUAGACAAAGCUCCAGCAGCUCUAUGUCCCAGCUGGUGAUUCCAAUGCUUCUGCAGCAGUGCUGCCAAGAUCACAUCCAGCCAGAGCAGUGCAGGGUUGCCAAGCCCCAACAACAAGCACAGAGACUGACAGCGUGCACCGUGUUUAUUUUGGGACCUCUGUGACUACUGUAUUUCAGUAAGAGUAACCAACAUGUGCUUUGGUUUUGCGAUAUUCUUUAAUCACUCAGCUAAAUUAGAAACCCCAUGUAAUGCCAUCUCUGAAUAAAUAAAGCUCUUAAAAAUCACAUCCCCCACACAUGGAAGGCCCAAGAUUGUGGUAAGUAUGGACCCCUGACAGCAUCCUCAUGAGCAAACAGCGGUGCAGUGAUGUGAGUGGGUGCAGACAGCUUUUGGGAAGCGACAAAAACAGCCCAGUGAAUCAGAACUUUUCCCUACCCCUGUGCCCAGCAGGCAGGGCAAGCCCUCUCUUUGGGAGAGCACUUCUGCCAGGGCCUUGGCACCCACAGGGAAGCGGACACCACCUCCUUGCACCUUCAGAGCCUCCCAGAGCUGGGCAUUCAGCAGGAACAAACAGCAGUUCUCUGUUACAUUCAAUAGCGUUUAAGAUUAUUUUCUCUUACAGACCUUCUUUCCUAUCUUUCCUCAAAGUACAGUGCUGUAACACCACGGCUCUGAUAGCAAGAAGUACCUAGAGAGCUCCUGGUCCACACCUCAUGUGCCUUAGAAUGUACUUUGGAUCAGACUGCAACUUUGAAUUCAGUCUGUGUAUCUCACUGUUCUUCUAUGCUGGGCUCUGGGACAAGACUGUGAGCAUUAACAACCAGAGGUGCAAGGCUGCUUGAGCACCCAGCUCUCCCAGGGCCAAAUGAAAGCGUGCUUUGAGGAUACAGAGCAUGUGUUCAUCUGCUGCUACAAUACACUUGUAGCAGGGAAAACGCAUAUACAUCAAUAUGCUCUGGACACACAGCAGCACCUGCUGCUGUUGGAAACAGCAGGUUGGCAGAAGGGGGAACCACUGCAGAGCCUGCCAGAGAGCAGGCAGAGAUACAGCGCACAGUCAGCUGAGAAGCAGAGUAAGCAAAUGGAUCUCAAGCCAAGAAGUUAGCAAGGUUCAGCCCUAGAUCCAGGGAUAUCUGCAAUAUUCUGUCUUCCACCCCAUUAGGCUGAAGAAUGCUAUGAGAAUUUAGGCAGGAAGGGACCUCUGGAGGUCUUUAACUCCCAUUACUGGGCUCCACACAGGUGCACUUGAAGCACUGUCAACUUCCAAGACUGACGUGGUUGCUCAGGGCCUCAUCCCCACCAAGCUCUCUGCAGACUCCACUCCAGCCCAUCCAUGAGCACACACAGCACACAGGUGGACUUUUGGUGUCCACAGGCCUCAAUGCAGCUUUCUCCAAGAAGAGCUGGGUGCUCUUCUGCCUGCUCCUGCUGCAUGACAGCAGUGUGUCAACCUCUGACACACCCAAGCACAGCACCCCAUGUCUUGUCAGCCUUGCAGCAGGGAUGUGCAGCCUGACCUGACAGCAAGCUACGUCACGGAAUGGAGAAGGUUGGAGGGGAUCUUAAGGAUACCAUAGCAUAGGUCCAACCCCCUGCCUUGGGCUGGGUGCCAGGCACCUGGGCAGGAUCCCCCCAGGCUGGCCUUUGCUGCCUCCACGGGCACCCACAGCUGGCUAUGCAGCUUCGAGAUGGCUUAGAGGAGUCUUCUUGCUUUGAGAGCAGAAAGCAAAGCUUCCCACAGACAGGGAAACCUUA